AUGUCUCAAGAUCAUGAUUCGCUUGCCAUGCUGAAACGUCGUCGCUUGCUUCGCGGGGAGAUCACAUAUGCCGCCGCAAAGGAACAAGACUCUAAUAUUCUCCAUGAACUGGGAUAUAGGGAUCAGAAGAUCCGAUACUUUACCCAUCUGUACCGAAGUCGCAAACUGAUCCAAACAAUCGUGGCCCACCAUCUCGGCCUCGCUUCCGCGGACACAUGUCAUAUUGUUGAUGUGGAGGACUGGAUACAUGGCAGCUUCAAUGUUUGCAUCCGAGUUGAUGUCGAUGGCCAAGGACAAGAUCCCGGGAAACGAUUGAUGAUCCGAUUUCCAUUGCCUUACCGAAUUGGAGAGAACUUGUACCCAGGCAAUGCGGAUGAGAAGGUCCGUUGUGAAGUUGGGACUUACGCAUGGCUCCAAGAGAACUGUCCAACUGUCCCUAUUCCACAGCUUUAUGGGUUUGGGAUGUCCACUGGCCAAACUUUCACCGUUCUCGAUAACCUGCCUUUUAUAACCCGCAUUAUUCAGCGCCUGCGCCGCCGACUGUUAAAUUGGUUAAACUAUCCGACUCCAUCCCCCUACGUUCAACAUCGAACCAAAGAUCAAGUUGUGCUGGGCACACCCUAUCUUUUGAUUGAAUAUAUCGAUCAAUCGAGAGGUAAAAUGCUUUCUGAAACAUGGGAGGAAGGGCGCCACAAUUUCAAAUUGCGCAAGAACCUUUUCCAUGGCCUCUCCCGCAUUAUGUUGACUUUGGCACGUACUCCAUUACCAAAGAUCGGGUCCUUCAUUCUGGAUGAAAACGGGUACUUGAGUUUGAGUAACCGGCCUCUUACCCUUGAAAUCCAACAACUGGAAAAUGAACACAUUCCAGUCGAUAUGCCGCAAAAUUCAACUCAUUCCACUGUCGACUCUUAUGUCAAUGACAUCCUUGCAUUCCAUGAAAGUCGGCUUCGCCACCAGCCUAAUGCAGUCAACAAUGUUGCAGAUGGUUUCUAUCAGAUAUCCGCAUUGAUGGUUAUGAGAAGUGUCUGGUCUUGUUUUUUCCGUCGUGAUCUCCUUCGAGGCCCAUUCUUUCUUAACCUCACCGAUCUUAACCAAACCAAUAUCUUUGUUGACAACGAUUGGAACAUCCAAUGCCUUAUCGAUCUCGAGUGGGUAUGCUCUCAUCCAGUGGAAAUGAUUCAUCCUCCGUACUGGUUGACGAACCAGGCUAUUGAUUUGAUCAGUAUAGAUGACUACGAAAUUCUUCACAAAGAGUUCAUGGAGGCCUUCGCUAAGGAGGAGAUGAAAAUCAAGCUACCAUUCCGUCUCUAUCCUAUUUUGCAGCAUGGAUGGGAGAGAGGAACCUUUUGGUGUUCUCUUGCGCUCAGUAGCCCCACGGCACUGUUCAAGAUCUUUUAUGACUUCAUUCAACCGAGGUUUUCUAAGGCUCACGACGAUCCAGCUUUUUGGAAAAUCACCAUGCCCUACUGGACGUUCAAUGCCUUUGAGUUUAUUGAACACAAAGUGAGGGACAAGGAGCAAUACGACGCCUCUUUGCGUGAAGCAUUUGAAUCCGGAAGUUCUCAUGACUAG